AUGGAUGCCAUGCCACCAAGUCUAUUUGGAAGUCCAAAGCCAAUAGAGAUUAUGGAUUGGAUCUCCGAGAUGGAGAUGGGAGAAGCCUUGAGGAUGUCUUGGGAAGCAUUGCUGGAGCAGUUGAAGAUGCAAUACUGCUCGGAGGUGGAUCUCAUAGACCUCAACAACGAGUUUCAGAACCUGAAGAAGGGGAAUAUGAGCAUUGAUGAGUAUGUCACCGCAUUCACUGCAAAAAUGAAGCUGUUACCCUACUUGGUGCCUAAUAAACUCUUUGAGAUAGAGAAGUUUGCUGAUGGAUUGCCAAUAGACUUUGGUCUAACGGUAAAGAUGGCAACCACUUUGAAGGCAUCCGUCAGAGUAGCCAAGAAUGUGGAGACCCAACUUCGGGAGAAGGGUCUAGAGAGAACGGAGGUUGGAGAGAAAAUUAAUUUUGAUGGAUCUUCAAUGUCCAACAAGAAGAGCAGAUUUUUGAAAUCUAGUUCCAAAAAUUUUGGAGGUAGAAAAGAAGCAAAAUGGUGCGAGAAUUGCAAGAAGAAGCACUAUGGGAAAUGUGGAGAGGAUUUGACCUGUUACAAGUGUGGGAGGAUUGGUCGCUACGCCAAUGAGUGUACAUCCAACAAAAACGUGUGUUACGGAUGUAAUGAAGAAGGGUAUAUCGCAAAGGACUGCCCAAAGAAGAACGAAGUUUCAAAGACCAAUGUGUUUCCUAGGCCAAAGGAGAGAGUUAUCCAGAUGACACGGGAAGUAGCAAGGGAGGAAGUAGAUGUUGCUUCAGGUACCUUUCUUGUAAAUGAUUUACCUGCAAAUAUACUUUUUGAUUAUGGAGCUAAUUAA